AAAGCUUUUCAGUAAAUGCACUCAUGCUACUCCAGGAGCUUCUCUCAGCAAUAAGCCACCCAUCUGCCAUCAACAAGUUAGGACUAAAGGAACCCACAGCUGCGGAAAAAGAAAACGUGAGCUUCAAUUAAACAGCUGAGCAGCCACAGAGGAAGAAAACUUGUAUUAAGCAUUGAUUUUAAAAUUACAGACCUGUCGGAGGAGAUCAAGCCAGCGAUUUCAAAAAGGAAUAUUCCAAGAGAGCAUCGUGGAUUCAAUUUUGCACUAAUAUCAAAGGACCCUAAAACGCAGUAAAUUAUUCAAAGGCUAUCUUACAUUAGAGCCUUUCCCAGACUCACUGCGUUGAGUCUCAAACUACGACUGAAUGCAACCUCCAAUGUACUCAAAAGAAUGGGCUUACAUUUCAAGUGGCCAUUAGGGGCUCGUAUGCUGGCAGCACUAUAUGCAAUGAGUAUGGUUUUAAAAAUGCUGCCUGCCUUGGGCAUGGCUUGUCCACCAAAAUGUCGCUGUGAGAAGCUGCUCUUUUACUGUGACUCUCAGGGGUUUCACUCAGUGCCAAACACCACUGAAAAGGGCUCUCUAGGUUUGUCACUGAGGCACAAUUUUAUUACUGAACUUGAAAGGGAUCAAUUUGCAAGCUUCAGUCAACUUACUUGGCUUCACUUAGAUCAUAAUCAAAUUGCAACAGUCAGAGAAGAUUCUUUUCAAGGACUAUAUAAACUUAAGGAAUUAGUCUUAAGUUCCAACAAAAUCUUUCAUUUGCCAAACACAACUUUUAGCCAGCUGCUUAACCUGCAGAAUUUGGACCUCUCUUUUAAUCAGUUGUCCUCUCUGCACCCCGAGCUGCUCUACGGCCUCCGCAAGCUGCAGACCUUGCAUUUGCGCUCCAACUCCCUGCGGACGAUCCCCGUCCGCCUGUUCUGGGACUGCCGUAGCCUCGAGUUCCUGGAUCUGAGCACAAACCGCUUGCGAAGUUUGGCUCGCAAUGGAUUUGCAGGAUUAAUCAAGCUGAGGGAGCUUCACCUAGAGCACAACCAGCUGACAAAGAUUAAUUUUGCUCAUUUCCUCCGGCUGAGCAGCCUGCACACGCUCUUCUUGCAGUGGAACAAAAUUAGCAACUUGACGUGUGGGAUGGAGUGGACCUGGGGCACCUUAGAAAAGCUGGAUUUGACUGGAAACGAGAUCAAAGCCAUCGACCUCACGGUUUUUGAAACUAUGCCUAACCUUAAGACCCUGCUCAUGGAUAACAACAAGCUGACCACCCUGGACUCCAAGAUCCUCGGCUCGCUGCCGUCCCUCACCACCGUGGGCCUCUCGGGCAAUCUGUGGGAGUGCAGCCCCAAGAUCUGCGCCCUGGCCACCUGGCUGAGCGGCUUCCGCGGCCGCUGGGAGCACCCCAUCCUCUGCCACAGCCCCGACCACACCCAGGGAGAGGACAUCCUGGACGCCGUGCACGGCUUUCAGCUUUGCUGGAAUUUAUCGGCCGGGGUGACGUCCGCGGCUCCGACCUCCGCGGUCCCCACCACCGAGUACACAAAAAGAAUAAGCUCCUCUAAUUUCCAUAUGGGAGACAAAGAAAUUCCAACCACGGCAGGCAUGGUCGUCACCACCGAAGAACCUUUCCCGGAGCCAAACAAUGCCAUCUUCACUCAAAGGGUAAUUACAGGGACAAUGGCUUUAUUGUUUUCUUUCUUUUUUAUCAUUUUUAUAGUCUUCAUCUCCAGGAAAUGCUGCCCUCCCACAUUAAGAAGAAUCAGGCAGUGCUCAAUGAUUCAAAACCACAGGCAACUCCGAUCCCAAACACGGCUACAUAUGGCAAAUAUGUCAGACCAAGGACCGUAUAAUGAAUACGAACCCACCCACGAAGGACCCUUCAUCAUCAUUAAUGGCUAUGGACAAUGCAAGUGUCAGCAGCUGCCAUACAAAGAAUGUGAAGUAUAAUACCUACAUGCCAUCAAAAAUUAAAGCAGAUAAGUAACCUAUUUUAAAAUUGUAGGGGACCUACAUCAGAUUCUAAUUUUUACAAAUGUUGACAUAAAGCCUAAUUUUCCAAGCUACUUAAUGGAAGCAUUGUUUAUGGAGUGGUGCAGUAUUUUUAAGUUUUUUUAAAAAAUAAAUCCAUAAUAUUUUCAGUGUUAAAGAAGCAAUGAUUACAUUCAACUUGCACUCCUAAUGUUUAAGAGUCUAAAAAGAUGCUCACCUCAAACUAUGUACAAUGUUUCAUGUUAUGUAAUUCUAUGACUGUGUGUAAACAUUUAUACCGGAGUCUCCAUAUUCUACUUUUUCUAAUGAAAACAGCCCGAGUGGAAGGAGAUUGGGUAUCUGCACAGAGAUCUGCAGAGGAACAUACACUGCAUUUGUUCGCCUGCAGCUGUACGAUCCCAAACAUCCCAGCUGGCUCAGCUCACUUUAAAAGGCAGACUUGGAGGAAGGUUUUCCUCCUCUGAUCAUUUCCACUCGAGACUAAAAAGGGGAGAGGGGGGGGAAAAAAAAAAGUAACAAAUGUUCAGGUGGGGAUUUCGAUGCAUUGGGGACCGGUGAAUUUAUUUUAACUACAGUUUUCCUACCUCCAUAUUCAUAGUUUGGCUUGCUUAAACGUACCUUGCUAAAGCUCACAGCAAAUACAGACAGGAGCGGUUCACACGAUCACAAAUUAAUCAGGAUGACUCUCCCGGCGCUUGCAAAGUAGCCAGCGUGGCUUAAUUAGGAAGGCUCGGUACGAUGUGAUCGAUUCUAAAUAUUAAAGGCAUUUAAAUCGCAUUGGAUCUCUGGUCUGACUGGGUAAUGCUUUUCAUGAAUUCAGCCUCAUUACUCACGCCUAUGAACAAACAUUUCCACACCUUUUCAUGUGUAAAUACCCUUGAUGCAAGUUUUUCUUAAUGAAAAGUAAAUAUCAACUGCGAGGUUAAGAGAGAGGGAAGGAAGGAAGAAACCUCUCUUUGUCCCCCCGCUGCCCCCCCGGCUGAGGCUUCCUCUUGCCUGGAAGCUAUUUUCAUGCACUAACUCCGCUGGUUUCUCUGGAGACAGAAUUAGCCCCUGUAAUAUAAGCUCUCACUUGUCCUCCUCUUCCAAAAUUCAAGGUAAUUACCAAUUCAAAACCACGUACCUUCUGAUAAGUGAGGACGAUAUAAUUAGUUUAUAGAAUAGUUCACUGAAAAAUGCUUCGUUUCUUACUUGAUACGGGACAGAACCUAAACUAGGAUGCCAUUAAAAAUCAUAUAUAAAUAUAUAGAGACACACACGCACCUCAUUCCUAAGGAGCAAUUUGAUUUCUUCAGCCAGAAGUACCAUCCUGCUAUUUAUAAUAUAUUCUGAAAUUAUAUGUAAAUAUUUGCAGAUCUAUGCAGCGACAGUGGUACGGAGAUGCCACGGGGGUGGGCGGGCGGGGGGGCUGCACAGGAUGACAUUAUUUUUAAGUCAACUGCUCAAAUAUUGUAAACAUUCUAACCAAAGUUCAAAGGACCAGAGGGACGGCUUCUUAUUUUUUUUAAGUAUAUAUAUACAUGUAUGUAUAACUAAAAACCGUGUUGUGUCCAAUGCUGCAGUGUUAAAGGAUUACCAGCAAACACAGAUGAAGAGAAAUUCCUCACGGUGUUGACAUACCUUGAACGAAUCAGUAAUUACAGUAUGCUAAUUGUGUUGUACUAAACUAUUCCGCAAACUUUUUAAACAGAAAAUCACUGCAUAAAAAUCUGUUUGCUAUUUCACUCUGCUUUUAUAUAUCUGUAUUACCACUUAGUGAGGUAUUUAGGGUGCAAUUAUACAACAGUUUGAUGUUUUAUUGUGAAAUGAAUUCGUCCAAGGCAAUUAUAGCAAGAUAAGUGUGACUUCUGUUCAGAUUUUACAUAAAGGUUUUUUCAAUUA